AUGGCGCUGGUAUUGUGGAAUGCCUUGUUCUCUCCCUUCACAAAACUCUGGUACUCGGAUGAUACACAGCCAGAGAUCGAAGAACCUUCCGGCCAACCAUACGAGAGUGACGCGGAAUUAUGGAACAACGAAGUUGGGAAGAUGCUCAACAUGAUGCUUGAGCUAGCGGGAUAUCCUGAGAAUUCAAGAACAAUUCACUCGGAAUUCUUUCGUGGGUCGGUUGCUCCCUCUUUGGGUCACCACCCCAGAGGCACUGGAGACCCAUUGCACUGGAAAAGCUUCAUGACAGACGAUCAUACCCCCGUCGAGCUGAGCUGGUGCUGGUCAACUGCUCUUGAUACUCCCACGGUUCGAUACUCGGUUGAGCCUAUAGGGAAGUGGGCUGGGCAGCCAGUCGAUCCCAUCAACACCCUUGCUAGCCUACGGCUGCUUGGCGAUGCUCUUCAACUUUCGCCAGAGAUGGAUCUUUAUCUCCACCGACACUUUCAAAAGUCUCUUAUGUCUCUAAAAUCAAGUAAUGAAGACCCCAUUACGCAAAACCCUCAGUCUCAAAGCUUCAUGGCCUUUGAUCUGCUAGAAAAGACUAUUGUUGUUAAACAAUAUUACCUGCCUACUUGGAGGGCGUUGGCAGAGAAGAAGACGAAUUUUGCUGUUGUCGAGGAGGCAAUUCUAAAUGUUCCAGCACUAGGAAACUCCUUGCUGAGCUCCUUUAGUGUAUUCACGAACUACCUUGAGUCAUUCCCGGAAGAAACGCGUCCAGCGGUGGAAAUCAUGGCUAUUGACUGCCUAGACCCUUUGAAUUCUCGGAUCAAGGUUUAUGUUCGAUCAAGCUCAACAACCCUAAAGAGCGUCUUUGAUACUUUAACGAUAGGGGGGAAAGCCCCCAAGAGCUCCGACGAGGAGGAAUCGUUACGGGAACUGUGGCAUUCGGUGUUCGGCUUGAAUCAAGAUCAAAGUGAUGAGACACCCCUUUCGCAGAACGAUCAUCGAACCGGUGGGAUUCUCUACUAUUUCGAAUUCAAAAGUGGUACACCAAUUCCCAAGACAAAGGUCUAUCUCCCUGUGAGACAUUAUGCACAAAAUGACGAUCAAAUUGCGAGAGGAUUGUCUGGGUUUUUAGACCGCAGAGGGAAGAAGUUAGCUGCUGGAUCUUAUCUUGAAGGGGUACAAACACUAUGGUGA